GUUUAUGCGUAUGUGGUUGGUGAAAAUGUAUGAAGUGAAUGUAUCCACCUAGUGGAUAAAAUGUAGUCUACAGUAGUUCAGUUUGUAGACCUACAAAAAAUGACAGCCCUAUGAACAGAUAAUUGUGAUGCGGAUGUUUAGGAGUUGUACGUUAAAUGCGCGUUGCAUCUUGGGAAUAGUAGGAAAAGAAUGAUUGACGACCUCUGUGUAUUUCAGGUGAGCUAUGUCUCUGUUGAGAGGGUUGCUGAAGGCUUGCCACUCCACACAACCAGACAGAUUAGCACUGGUAGUUAAGAUUAGCACUGGUGUGUGCUGUCCAGUCCGUAUGAAUGCCAUUCCUGAGCUGAAGAAGGUGGACAGGUGGACUGAGAAGAGGAGCAUGUUUGGGGUUUAUGACAACAUAGGAAUGUUAGGUGAAUUCAAAGCCCACCCUAAGGACCUGAUCGUCGGACCGGUCUGGGUGAAGGGUUUCCGUGGCAAUGAGCUGCAGCGUCUGACGAGGAAGAAGAGGAUGGUAGGAGACAGGAUGAUGACGCAGGACAAACACGACAUGGAGAAGAGGAUCCGCUUCCUCUAUGGACACUUCAACCGCUUUGGGAAACAUCGCUGAUCUGAUCUGGGACUGAGCGGUCUGGCUAACAAUGCUAAACUACUACUGUACUAACAACCUGCCCACUGGACCACAUUCAGACUCUAAAGAGAGAAAUGUGCGCUACUCAGUUAUGCCACUUAGAUUUAUGUCAGCCCCUUAUACCAUUUGGUAGUCACCUUUUCUUAUAUCAAUAUUGGGGUAAGAGGAAGCUGAUUGCAAUUCGUUUUUGACUUUGACAGCUGGAAAAUGUUGGAUUCAUUUAGUAUUGUUGUUAGCACUAAAUCAACACGCACAUCUGUAAAAUACAUGUUUUCAACCAUUAUGAACUCCUAGAAGUGGAAAUAUACACACAAUGUUUAAUGCUCUAUGGUCUGUAAAUAUUAUCACAUUGGGGACUAAUGUAAGUAAUGUUGUGGGUAUGAUAAUAAACAGAAGCUUGUCAUUACAA